AGGCCGUUACAUUUCUAGGUCGACGUUGCCGUAAAAAUACGAGCAAUGUCGCAAUUUCACGACACUUUCACGCGCGCUAGCCGUACGGACCCUUUGUUGUCCUACGAUGACUUCGCGUCGCGCGUUUUUACCAGCGGAUUUCUUUCAUGCUUCCUGAUUCCUAUUACUAUAUACUGUAUAUACCACUGGAGCGCUCCGAGGCGCAAUUCUGUGGACAAAAAGUACAAACUCAGAGAUAGUCAUGUCGAACACAAAUCAUCUCCGUGUUUUCACUGCCAAUGUUCGGAAUGCCGUACACGCAGAGAACGCGAAAGGAGCCGCAGGUUCAAGUUGGAAGACUAUAUGAACACUAGAAGAAUACUACAAAUAUUGCUACUCGCUUUUUUCUGGUACCUAUUGUUCUACUUGAUUAAAGGCAUUGACACCUCAAAGAACAUUAAGAAGUUUGAUCCUUUCGAGUUUCUCGGCCUCAGCGUAGGUGCAACGAAGAAGGAAAUACAAAAGGCAUACCGUCAUAUGUCCUUGAGGUUCCACCCAGAUCGUAACCCAAAUGACCCAGAAGCCGCUGCUCAUUUUAUUAUGAUCACGAAGGCGUACAAAACGUUGACAAAUGAUAAAUUCAGACAAAAUUACGAGCGUUACGGUAACCCUGAUGGGCCAGGAAUGAUGAAAGUUGGUAUCGGUCUUCCAAGGUUUUUGGUCGAUGUAGACAACCAGGUGCUCAUACUAUCACUGUUUUUUCUGGUGCUCCUCGUCGUCAUUCCUGGUAUAUUCUUGUACUUCUAUCGCAAACAAAAGCUUUACACAUCUAUCGGUGUCCGUCUGGAGACUUUGCAACUAAUUUACUAUACCAUCUCCGAGGGGACGCGGCAAAAGGCUCUACCAGAGAUUUAUGCGUGCUCCACCGAAUGUGCUUCAACUCCUGCCACGUCCGAUGAUGAAGAGCUAUUACGUAAAUUUGUUCAUGAUGCUGGUGAUGUCAAGCGCAAGAAUGUGACAAAGGAAGCGUUACGUAACUUUAUCAUAUUACUGUGUCACAUGAAUCGACGUGAACAUCUAUCGCCUAAGCUUCAAGCUGUUAAAGCGGAAAUAUUAAAAUACAGCGUCUUGUUGACACAGUGUAUGUUAGAUGUUGCUUUGUGCCGUCGUUGGCUACUCACUGCCAAAUCAAUCAUCGACUUUAGACGAUGUCUCAUUCAGGGUAUCACCGGGAAACGUGACGCCUUUUUGCAAGUACCGCACAUAGACGACGAAUGUGUCGGACACAUUCAGCGCAGCAAAGCCGGUGGAAAGACAUUUGGCGAAUAUGUUGCAUUGCCCCUGGACGCCAAACGUGGCUUAGUGGGAAUGACCGAAAGUCAACUCAGCGAUGUGACAGCAUUCUGUGAAUAUUUCCCACAGAUUGACCUCAAAGUUGAUGUAUACGUUAACGACGCUAAUGACAUAUGCGUUGGAGACGUCAUCACAUUCGAAGUAAACAUUACCCGGCUAAAUAUGCCGGAGAAUUGCACUGUCGUUGGCCCAGUACAUGCCCCUCACUUCCCAUGGGUUAAGUACGAAGAAUGGCUUGUAAUGAUUAAUUAUGGUGAGAACGACGAUAAAAUAUUGGCAUUCAGCACUUGUACUUCUCGUGGACGUGUGAUCACCGAGAAAAUAUCGGUUUUGGCGGAAAACGUAGGUAUGCACUCAGUAUUGGUCACCGCUAUGUCGGACAGCUAUUUCGGCUGUGACAAAAGUACCCGUGUAGAAUUUAUGGUCAAUAUGGCAAAUGAUGCACUUGAUUUCAAAAUACAUCCCGAUGAUAUCGCCCUUGACAAUGAGCCUUCGGCUAUUGGCAAGAUGAUCGGGGACCUUCUGCGACAAGAAGAUAGCGAAGAUGAAGAAGAAGUUAUAGACGAUUGAACUUUGCCUUAAUGUUUAUCGUUAG